CUUUUCUUUUUUUCCCUUAAAGGGCACCUUGCUUUAAUUUUUAUGUCCUCAACAGCCUUUUAUACUAUGUCUAGUAGUCGAGAUGAACAACAACAACAACAACAACAACAACAACAACCACAACAACCACAACAACAAUAUGUAAACCCAUAUCUCUCAUAUCAAUCAUCACCACCAUUAUCAUCAUCAUCUUUUUCACCUGCAUACCACAAAAAUACACCCUCUCCAUACAAUAAUGGCCCUUUUUCUACUCAUAGUACGAUGCCAUUGAAUGAUAUUCCUGCAUACUAUCAGCCUCAACAAGUAUAUCAAGUACCUACAAUACAGAAACUACAGGAAUUCAAUGACCCUAUAGCACCUACUGAACCCGACGAGUUCAUUACCGAUUUACUCAAGAAACCUCAAGAGAGAUUGUUUUUAUUAAAAUUAGAAUUAGAAUUUGAAGCAUUUAUUAAAGACGAAAGGCGACUUCGUCUUGAUUUGCCAAACAUGAACUCGUACCAACGACUUAUGGUUCACAAACUAGCUCCUUAUUAUAAAUUAAAUCAUUAUCAUGAUGCCAUGCGAAAAGGUGUCUAUGUUUGCAAGACAACGUUGACUGAACUACCUUCUGUUCGACUACCAGAUAUUACAGAUGAACAAGUUAGUACGAAACCAAUCACAAAUGAUCCUCCACCUCAAUUCAAGAUUAUGCGUCGUUCUGCUGGAUCAAGUAGUCCAUCUUCGCGUGCUUCUUCAACCACGAAUGAAGAACAAGCUAAAUUGGAUAGAAAAAAUAUGACAUUGGAAGAAAGAAAGACUGCUUAUGAAGAAGCAAGAGCUCGUAUAUUCCAAGAUUUGGAUGGAAAAUAAAAACAAAUAUUUAUAUUUAAGACUAGCUUUCUUUAUGUGGUGAUCUAUUUCAACAAUUGCAUCGAUAAAAGGUAUAAGAUCCAAAGUUUAGAUUGAGUAGGAAGCUUUGUAGUUUGAUUGCUUAGGGAGGUAUUUCUUUUAACAGUGUUUUUCUUUUAAUCUUCCGUACAACUCUUCAAUAGAAUUGACUAUUUUCUCGCUUAUCGAAUCAUAUGACUAAGCAUACUGCAAGGUGGAACAAAUAUUAAAUACACAACUUGGGGCCACUGACUUUGGCUGCUAAUUUAAUGAUACUUAAUACUUCUGUCGUUAGUGCUAUGUAACAAAUGAAAGGCAAAAAGAGCACAUGAUUAUUCUAAAUA